GAUGUUAGCAGAACCGAUUACCCUUCCUCAAUCGAUAUCACGUGGAGGAAGUUGUUGAUUUCUCGUUAGGAUUGGUUCACCUCCUGGAUUUAUGCCGAAAUUUGAUAGGAUGCAACGUGACAGGGACACCUCCGGCUCUUACGCCCGCAAGCCCAGACACCCACCGGGUCUCAAGGGCAAGGACAUUGGCCUUUACUACCGCAAUCUCGCCCGGCAGCAAAAGAAGGACAGAGGCGAGGAACAGCCGCAAAUCCGAUUGGGCUGCAAUGUCAGCGUUCCCAGUGGCGUCCUAGCGCGCGUCAAGGAGUUCAUGGAGGAGUACAACCGAGCACCGACCAGGGAUAAACGCGAUGUGGAUGCCCAGUUUAAGCGGCAGUUCCGGCAUCUUUUGAAAGUCAAUUUCGAGGACUUUGUGGCGGAGACCAAGGAAAAGAACGAGGGCUUGGACUACACCAAUGCCAAGCUGGACGAGACGCUGCAGCUGGAGCUAGAGCAGCGCCAGCUGGAGGAUAAUGGCAGGGAACGCCUGGCGGCGCGAAAUAAACUGCCCACCAUGAAGUACGCCAAGAAAAUCGUCAAGGCUGUGCGGAAAAACCAAGUCAUCCUGAUCGUAGGCAGCACGGGCUGUGGCAAGACCACGCAGGUACCACAAAUCCUCCUGGACGACGCCAUUUCCCGGGGCUGUGCCUCGUCGUGCCGCAUUGUUUGCACCCAGCCACGAAGGAUUUCGGCUAUAACCAUUGCCGAAUGGGUUAGUUACGAGCGUUGCGAAAGUCUGGGCAACUCGGUGGGCUACCAGAUUCGCCUGGAGAGCAGGAAGCCCCGCGAAAGGGCUUCCAUAACGUACUGUACCACAGGAGUUCUGCUGCAGCAGCUCCAAUCUGAUCCAUUGAUGCACAAUCUGAGUGUCUUGAUCUUGGAUGAAAUCCACGAACGCAGUGUGGAAACUGAUCUAUUAAUGGGUCUUCUGAAGGUUAUUCUGCCCCAUAGACCCGAUCUCAAAGUAAUCCUUAUGAGCGCCACUGUGCGGGAGCAAGAUUUCUGCGACUAUUUCGACAACUGUCCCAUGUUUAACAUCGAAGGCGUAAUGUUUCCCGUUCAAAUGCUUUAUCUGGAAGAUGUCCUGGCCAAGACGAAUUACGAGUUUCAGAAGUCCCGCGAUCGCCGUCCAAAGCGUGAUCGCCCUGAGCAGCGUAUGAACCAUGCAGCGAUGAUAGAACCUUAUCUGCGGCGCAUCAGGAACUCGUACGACAGUCGAGUGCUGGAGAAAUUGCGUCUGCCGGAAUCGGAGGGCUGUGAGGACAUAGAUUUUAUAGCCGAUCUCGUUUACUACAUAUGUGAGAACGAGCCAGAGGGUGCCAUUUUGAUCUUUCUGCCGGGCUAUGAUAAAAUCUCGCAGCUGUACACUCUCCUGGACAAACCAAAAACUCCGAAGGGCCAAAGAUGGAGAGCUCACAUAGCAGUCUUUCCUUUACAUUCCCUAAUGCAAUCAGGGGAACAGCAGGCGGUGUUCAAACGUCCACCAGCGGGCAAACGGAAGGUCAUCAUCUCCACGAUUAUUGCCGAAACCUCGGUUACCAUUGACGAUGUGGUUUAUGUGAUCAACCCUGGUCGCACGAAGGCCACCAACUAUGACAUUGAAACUAACAUACAAAUGCUUGAGGAAGUGUGGGUGACCAAGGCAAAUACGCAGCAGCGGAAGGGCAGAGCAGGUCGAGUUCGGCCUGGAAUAUGCUAUAAUCUGUUCAGCCGUGCUAGGGAGGAUCUGAUGGCCGAUAUUCCAACGCCGGAGAUACUGCGCUCCAAACUGGAAUCCAUAAUUUUAAGCCUGAAGCUCCUGCACAUCGAUGAUCCGUAUCGGUUCUUGCAAACACUGAUUAAUGCCCCCAAUCCCGAUGCCAUUAAGAUUGGAGUGGACCUGCUGAUGCGUAUUGACGCACUGGACAAGACGGGCACCCUCACACCGCUGGGCAUGCACUUGGCCAAGCUACCCAUCGAUCCGCAGAUGGGCAAAAUGAUACUGAUGUCGGCUCUCUUUUGCUGCUUGGAUCCCAUUACUUCGGCGGCGGCUGCCUUGUCGUUCAAGUCGCCGUUUUACUCGCCCUUGGGACAAGAAAGUCGAGUGGACGAGAUCAAGCGGAGAAUGUCCAACAAUAUGCGUAGUGAUCAUCUGUUGGUGCACAACACCAUUGUUUCCUACCGUGAAAGUCGCUAUGCGCAUGCGGACCGUGACUUUUGCUAUCAAAAUUUCCUCAGCUCCAUGACACUGCAGCAGCUAGAGAGGAUGAAGAAUCAGUUCAGUGAACUUCUAUACAACUACAAAUUUCUUACAUCCUCCAACUGCAAGGAUACUGCAUCCAACAUGAAUUCAGAAAAGAUUCCCUUGUUGAGGGCCAUAAUUGGAGCUGGUCUUUAUCCCAACAUGGCCCACUUGCGAAAAUCGCGGCAGAUUAAGAACCGAGUGCGUGCAAUUCAUACCAUGGCAACGGACGAUGGACGCCGUGUGAACUUCCAUCCCUCCUCGGUGAACAGCGGCGAGAGUGGCUUCGAUUCGGAAUAUUUUGUCUAUUUCCAGCGACAGAAGUCCACUGAUCUUUUUCUCCUAGACUCCACAAUGGUUUUUCCCAUGGCGCUGAUCAUUUUCGGUGAUGGCGUGGAGGCAGGGGUAACCGAAAACAAGCCGUAUUUAUGCGUGGCCAAGACUUAUUACUUCAAAUGCGAUCAAGAAACUGCCGACGUAGUCCUAGAACUGCGUGGCAAUCUGGAAAAGUUGCUGCUCAAAAAGGCUUUGUAUCCGGCACCCAUUGAAGAUAAUGGAUAUGAAAAGCAGUUGAUAAAAGCUAUCGAAUUGCUUCUAUCGUUAGACGAAAGUAUGGGCGAGGACUAUAUGUCCUCCGAUGAAAUUGAUGACAUCUAACCUGACUCAUUAGCCUGGUGUUUUAAUUUAUUGUUUAGCAAAACAUUGUAUAUGUUAAUAAUA